AUGGAGUCUCUCCUGCUGCCGGUGCUACUGCUGCUGGCCAUACUGUGGACUCAGGCGGCCGCCCUGAUUAACCUUAAAUACUCGGUAGAAGAGGAGCAGCGGGCAGGGACUGUGAUUGCUAAUGUGGCCAAGGACGCUCGGGAGGCGGGGUUCGCCCUGGAUCCCCGACAAGCUUCUGCGUUCCGCGUGGUAUCCAACUCAGCUCCGCACCUGGUGGACAUCAAUCCCAGCUCAGGCUUGUUGGUCACCAAACAGAAGAUCGACCGAGACCUGUUGUGCCGCCAGAACCCCAAGUGUAUCAUCUCUCUAGAGGUCAUGUCCAGCUCGAUGGAGAUCUGUGUGAUUAAGGUGGAGAUCAAGGACCUGAACGACAAUGCCCCCAGUUUUCCGGCAGCACAGAUUGAGCUGGAGAUCUCUGAGGCAGCCAGCCCUGGCACUCGAAUCCCACUCGACAGUGCUUAUGAUCCGGACUCAGGCAGUUUUGGUGUGCAGACCUAUGAGCUCACGCCCAAUGAGCUAUUUGGCCUGGAGAUAAAGACGAGGGGUGACGGUUCCCGCUUUGCUGAACUAGUGGUGGAGAAGAGCCUGGACCGCGAGACACAGUCACACUACAGCUUUCGAAUCACAGCGCUCGAUGGAGGCGACCCACCACACUUGGGCACAGUUGGCCUCAGCAUCAAGGUGACUGACUCCAAUGACAACAACCCGGUGUUUGGUGAGUCCACCUACUCAGUGAGCGUGCCUGAGAACUCACCUCCCAAUACACCUGUCAUCCGCCUCAAUGCCAGUGAUCCAGAUGAAGGCACCAACGGCCAGGUGGUCUACUCCUUCUAUGGCUAUGUCAAUGACCGCACACGUGAACUCUUCCAAAUUGACCCACACAGCGGCCUGGUCACUGUCACCGGUGCACUCGACUAUGAAGAUGGCCAUGUGUAUGAACUGGAUGUGCAAGCCAAGGACCUGGGGCCCAACUCUAUCCCUGCACACUGCAAAGUCACCGUCAGCGUGCUGGACACUAAUGACAACCCACCAAUUAUCAACUUACUGUCGGUCAAUAGUGAGCUUGUGGAAGUGAGCGAGAGCGCUCCCCCAGGAUACGUGAUUGCCCUGGUUCGGGUGUCUGAUCGUGACUCGGGCCUCAAUGGACGUGUGCAGUGCCGCUUGCUGGGCAAUGUUCCCUUUAGGCUGCAGGAAUAUGAGAGUUUCUCCACUAUCCUUGUUGAUGGACGGCUGGAUCGCGAGCAGCAUGACCAGUACAAUCUUACGAUUCAGGCUAGAGACAGCGGUGUACCUAUGCUGCAAAGUGCAAAGUCUUUUACUGUGCGCAUCACUGAUGAGAAUGACAACCACCCACACUUCUCCAAGCCUUACUAUCAAGUCAUUGUACAGGAGAACAACACCCCUGGCGCCUAUCUGCUCUCUGUGUCAGCCCGUGACCCUGAUUUGGGUCUCAAUGGCAGUGUCUCCUACCAAAUUGUGCCAUCACAGGUGCGAGAUAUGCCCGUCUUCACCUAUGUUUCCAUCAAUCCCAACUCUGGUGAUAUCUAUGCGCUACGAUCCUUUAAUCACGAGCAGACCAAAGCAUUUGAAUUCAAGGUGCUGGCCAAAGAUGGCGGCUUGCCCUCUCUACAAAGCAAUGCCACAGUGAGGGUCAUUAUCCUAGAUGUCAAUGACAAUACCCCAGUCAUCACUGCCCCACCUCUGAUCAAUGGCACUGCUGAGGUCUACAUUCCUCGAAAUUCUGGCAUAGGCUACUUGGUGACUGUAGUUAAGGCAGAUGAUUAUGAUGAGGGUGAAAAUGGCCGAGUCACCUAUGACAUGACAGAGGGUGACAGAGGUUUCUUCGAAAUAGACCAGAUCAAUGGAGAAGUCAGAACCACUCGCACCUUUAAUGAGAACUCCAAGGCUUCCUAUGAGCUUAUAGUGGUGGCCCAUGACCAUGGCAAGACAUCUCUUUCUGCCUCUGCCCUUGUCCUAAUCUACUUGUCCCCUGCUCUUGAUGCCCAAGAGUCAAUGGGCUCUGUGAACUUAUCCCUGAUUUUCAUUAUUGCUCUGGGCUCCAUUGCUGGCAUUCUCUUUGUCACUAUGAUCUUCGUGGCAAUCAAGUGCAAGCGUGACAACAAAGAGAUCCGGACCUACAACUGCAGAAUCGCUGAGUACUCUUAUGGGCAUCAAAAGAAAUCAAGUAAGAAGAAAAAAAUUAGUAAGAACGACAUCCGCCUUGUACCUCGGGAUGUGGAGGAGACAGACAAGAUGAAUGUUGUCAGUUGUUCCUCCCUUACUUCAUCCCUCAACUACUUCGACUACCACCAGCAGACACUGCCCCUGGGCUGCCGCCGCUCUGAGAGCACUUUCCUGAAUGUGGAGAGCCAGAAUACUGGAAACACCACUGCCAACCACAUCUACCAUCACUCCUUCAACAGCCAGGGUCCCCAGCAGCCAGAUCUGAUCAUCAGUGGUGUACCCCUGCCUGAGACUGAAAACUAUUCUUUUGACUCUAACUACGUGAAUAGCCGUGCCCAUUUAAUAAAAAGCAGUUCCACCUUCAAGGACCUAGAGGGCAACAGCCUGAAGGAUAGUGGGCAUGAGGAGAGUGACCAGACUGACAGUGAGCAUGAUGUCCAGAGGAGCCUGUACUGUGAUACUGCUGUGAAUGAUGUGCUGAACACCAGCGUGACCUCCAUGGGAUCUCAGAUGCCUGACCAUGACCAGAAUGAAGGAUUUCACUGCAGGGAAGAAUGCAGGAUUCUUGGCCACUCUGAUAGAUGCUGGAUGCCCCGGAAUCCCAUGCCUCCCCGCUCCAAGUCUCCCGAGCAUGUGAGGAACAUCAUUGCUCUGUCCAUUGAAGCUACGGCUGCUGAUGUUGAGGCUUAUGACGACUGUGGUCCCACCAAGCGGACUUUUGCAACCUUUGGCAAAGAUGUCAGUAACCACCCAGCUGAGGAGCGGCCCAUCCUGAAAGGCAAGAGGACUGUCGAUGUGACCAUCUGCAGCCCCAAAGUCAACAGCGCUAUUCGGGAAGCAGGCAAUGGCUGUGAAGCUAUUAGCCCUGUCACCUCCCCACUCCAUCUCAAGAGUCCUCUGCCCACCAAGCCUUCCAUGUCUUACACCGUCGCCCUGGCUCCUCCAGCUCAUGAUUUGGAGCACCAUGCCAACAACGGCGCUUCUCGUCCUUCUGAAGCUGAGCCCCGUGGAGCUGACAGCGAGAAAGUCAUGCACGAGGUCAACCCUAUUCUGAAGGAAGGUCGUGACAAGGAAUCUCCUGGCAUGAAGCGUCUGAAAGAUAUUGUUCUGUAAACCCGUCUGGGGAAGAAGAGAAAAGCAACCACAUUGGCUAGUGAAGAUGGAGCAGCUGCUCAUUUUAAUUGCUCACCAAUGGUUGGUUCUUGAGUGGCUGCAUUGCAGAGCUUUCCCUAAAUGUAUUGUGUAUAAGUGACUAUCAUUCUGUGACAAUCCCUCUUGUUUCAACAGGCAGCAGGGGUGUUCAGUUGGAGCAAAUUAGCUUUGGCUUGAGUUGUUCAUGGGGCCUUGAUGUUGGGAAACAGAGGCAAAUUCAGUUGUGAAAAAGUAUUAUGUAUUAAGUGUUUGAAUUUAUAUAUUUUUAUAUGUCAAAAUGAUAAUAUAAAUGACCAUUGUUUGUGAAGAAUUACAUUUAAAAAAAAGAAAAAAGGAAAAAAAGCUCUGGACACCUUUAAUAAGUUCACCACUGUUUUUGUAGUAUAGACAAGUUAUUGGUCAUUUAUUGUGUACUAUUCAUUGAUUCAGUGAUGUGAAAUCGAGCCCCCAAAAGGUUGUUCCUGAAGCUAGAAUACUUUCCAAUGCCGCUACUUUGUUGUGGACACCCCUGCUUUAAGAACCCUUUUGCUAGCUGUGCUGUUGUUGUAUUUGAUAUUGCAAAUUGCUAUGUGUGUGGUGAUGGCAAAAGGCUUUUAAAGGUUAAUGUUUUCUUUUCUAAAAAAAUAAUAAAAAUACAGAUAAAAACAAAAUACAAACAAUAGAGACAGCAAAUGAAUGAGCAACACCACACCUAGAGGUUGAGUACUUGGUGGAUACUCAAUUUUUUUAAUUCAUGUAGUGAUUGCUCACCACCUUGCAGAGGAUUUUCUCUGCCUAUCAG